AGUCCUCGUUUUCUUUCCCUUUCAAGGAACCUAGGGAGAAGCGUGCUCUCUCUCUCUCUCUCUUUUCUUUCUAUUUGGUUGGUCAACCUUUGUUCAUUUUUCACUUUCUCUUUCUCUUCUAAGUCUUCCUUUCUACGGUGCGGAGGACUUAUCCUUAAGCAUUCUUGAUCUCAAACUAGACAUGUUCUUCAUUCUUCAGUUGUUUUCUGGUUUUGCAGUUUUUUGAAGCUUCCUGGGUCAACUUAUCAAGCGUUUCAGAGAGUCUGUUACUCACGAUUUGGCUCUGAUUCAUUCUCUUAAGCUCCUACUGAGUUCAGCUUCCCUCUUAACUCAAAGGGUGUCCCCUUUAUGUAAUAUUUAUUCUUAUUUUCUUUCAGACAACACUUAAGUGCUAAAAGUUCAAACUUUUUUGUUCUCACUGCUUAAUAAGUUUGAUGGGUCAUUAGAUGAACUGCUCAGAUGAAAACAUCUCAUUUUUUUUUUCUGGGAAUCUGACUUUUGUUGCUUGACUUGCAAGUGACCUUGGUGUUGUGGUUGGGGAAACAGUGCCCUUAUGCAAUUUUGCUUAUUUGUGCUUAAUUUGUUUAGCUGUUGAUGUUGGAGAGCUUUUUAAUUGGGAUGGGCACUUAAAGGGGUCUAAUUUCUGCUUUUUCUUCUAAAUUAAGUCAAAUAGUGUUUUGACUCGGUUGGAACUUAGUGUAUUUGGGGUCAUGGAUAACUCAAAUGAAGCAUCAUCAUCCUUGAGCUUUGUAUCAUCUCAAUUGUCACAUGGUUCUAGCAAUCACAACGUGUCUUCCUCCACCAGCAGUGAGCAAGGGGCAAGUAUUGAAAUUUUGAGUCUGGGUAAGCUCAGUGGAAGCCUUGAGAAGUUAUUGAUUGAUGCUGAGUAUGAUUAUAGUGAUGCUGAGAUUUUUGUUGAAGGCAAAACUGUGGGUAUUCAUCGCUGUAUAUUGGCAUCACGUAGUCCAUUUUUUCAUGAGUUUUUUAAGAAAGGAAAAGAUGGAUCAGUGAAAGAAGGAAAGCCAAGGUAUCUCAUGUCAGAAUUGGUGCCUUAUGGCACAGUUGGAUGUGAAGCUUUCAACGUUUUCUUGCAUUAUUUGUAUACUGGAAGGCUAAAGGCUUCACCACCAGAAGUGACAACAUGUGUUGAUGAAACAUGUAUCCAUGAUGCAUGCCGCCCUGCUAUCAAUUAUGCUUUGGAACUUAUGUAUGCUUCUACCACUUUUCAGAUGAAAGAGCUGGUUUUACUUUUUCAGCGGCAUCUCCUAAAUUUUGUUGAGAAGGCUCUUGUAGAGGAUGUCAUUCCUAUUCUUAUGGCUGCCUUUCACUGCCAACUAGACCAGCUUCUAUCUCGGUGCAUUCAAAGAGUAGCAAGGUCUGAUUUUGACAAUAUUUCUUUGGAAAAAGAGCUCCCUUGUGAUAUUGUGACUGAAGUCAAAUCCCUCAGAGUCCAAUCUCAACCAGAAUCCACACCUAAUGCAAUGGAAGUGGAGCCUUUGAAUGAAAAGAGUAUCAGGAGAAUCCAUAAGGCAUUGGACUCUGAUGAUGUUGAGCUACUGAAGCUUCUUUUAAAUGAGUCUAGUGUCACUCUUGAUGAUGCAUAUGCUCUGCACUAUGCUUGUGCCUAUAGUGAUUCUAAGAUUGUUCAAGAAGUUCUUAGUCUUGGCUUGGCUGAUGUUCUUCAUAGAAAUUCAAGAGGGUACACGGUUCUUCAUGUGGCUGCAAGAAGAAAGGAUCCAUCCAUUUUGGUAGCACUAUUGAAAAAAGGGGCCUGUGCAUCAGAUACCACUCCAGAUGGACAAACUGCUCUUGCAAUUUGUCAAAGGUUGACAAGAAGAAAGGAUUAUCACGUGAAAACAAUGCAAUUUGAGGAAUCUAACAAGGAUAGGCUCUGUGUUGAUGUCCUGGAGAGAGAGAUGAGAAAUUGUUCUAAUAUUGUGAAGAUGUCUGUUUCAUCACAGUUAAGUGCUGAUGAUUUGCGCAUGCAACUGGAUUACCUUGAAAAUAGAGUUGCAGUUGCUAGGAUGAUGUUUCCUGCUGAGGCUAGGGUAGCCAUUGAGAAUGCUGAGGCAGAUUCAUCAUCACUUUAUGCAAGCUCAUCAUCUUUGAAGGCCUCAAAUGGCAAUCUAAAAGUAGAUUUAAAUGAAACUCCUGCUGAUCGGACCAGAAAACUUCAGCUAAGAUUGAAUUCACUUAUUAAAACAGUUGAGAAUGGUAGGCGCUUCUUUCCACAUUGCUCUGAGGUGCUUGAUAACUUUCUAGAUGACGAUAUGCCAGAUGUUUUCUUCUUAGAAAAGGGCUCUGAAGAAGAGCAAAGAAUGAAGAAAGCACGGUUCAUGGAACUUAAAGAUGAUGUGCAAAAGGCAUUUCACAAGGAUAUGGCUGUAAACAACCAUUCAGGUUUUUCUUCUUCUAUGUCUCCCUCAUCAUCCUCAACACGUAGGGAAGGUCAUAACCACAGAGUGAGGAGAAAAUGAAGUCCAUGUUCUCAUGGAAUAGUUUCUAAAAGUUUUGGCUUUUAGAUGUACUGUUGCAACUUGCAAGUAGCAGCUGUAAUAUAUAUUUGCCAAUAAUAUGUUAUGUUAUAUAUAUUGGGGGGUUUUGAUCAUGAACAUGGCAAGUUUUUACGAGUUUGUUGUAAUUGCCAUAUUGUAUAUAUUUGUUCCACUGUUUGAUAUAUACCAUGUUGAUAAUGCCAACUUUUUCCUAUAUUAUUCAUGAAAUCAACCCAAGAUUUGUUU